AUGGUCUCGAACUCGAACUCCACACCCAGCGAGGAUAUCUACUGUCAUCUUCAGGACCGAAUUCACUGCACCAGCAUCUUCUACAAGAUGAGUAAAGCCGGAGAUGAAUCAGACGGGGCGCGUGCGGCAAUUGUCGAGCUCACAAAACCCGACACGCUUUGGUUAAACGGAAGUGGCAUACAGUUCAUCGCGAUUGCAGAUGUCAAGGAUGUCACAACGAAUCGCCCAGCCCGGGCAUGUAUCAUCUCCCUGGACUAUGGUACCAGUCGCCUACAGCCAAUUCAAAAGGAGAACGAAGGAAUGAGCUUGAGAUUCUAUGUAGCGUCGAACUCCGUUGGCUCUUUCUUUGGAAGGAUAGGAAAGCGCUCACUCGCAUCUGAGGCCCCACUCCUCCUCCCAACUCAGGAGGGCAUUUCCAGCCUUAUCCGUAGGGUAACAGUGAUAAUUGCAAAGGGCUCUAUUGCCAGUGUUGACGAGAGCAGCCGAGGGGGGAGGCCCGGUGAUACAUCUAGCCACGGCCGAAGUCGAUGCAGCUGCACAUACGAGGGCGAUCAGUGGGGUGAAAGAGAGCUUCAUUGCUGGAUGGGCUGA